AUGGAGACGGAGACAGGCAAGGGCGCUACUGCUCCCCCUGCAGAAUCUAGUGGGGUCGAACAAGAUACCGCAGCCGUUGGCGCGCCCGCCGACCAGCCGCCCAAGACUAAUGCGAACGCGACUUCGAAUGCGAACGGCGAAGAUCAGCCGGCCAACGGCCAGAAAGCGAACCCGAAGGAUCCGUCAAGACCGAGGAGGAAGAAGGCGCGGCGCGCCUGUUUUGCUUGUCAGCGGGCGCAUCUAACGUGCGGUGAUGAGAGACCAUGUCAACGCUGCAUCAAGCGCGGGCUCCAAGAUGCCUGCCAUGAUGGGGUUCGCAAGAAGGCCAAGUACCUGCAUGACGCGCCAGACGGCGCUCUGAUGCCUGGGAUCGGCGGCAAUAAUUUCUACAACAACAAUUCAAUGUCGAACGGUGUCCCAUCGGGUGGCAUAAAUAUGAAUGGCGCGAAUACCGUCAAUUCAGCGGCGAGUACGCAGAAUUCGAGCGCAAACUUCUAUCCUACUCCGCAGUCGAACUACAGCUUAUACCAGGAGAAUCCGAUCAACCACCAAAACUCUUUCCCAUCGCAAUCGCCGGUGUCCCCGACCUUUAGCUUGAAGACCAACCCAACCCCUCGCAAUACCGCACCUAACAACAACAAUAAUAAUGCCUUAACGUCUUCGAUGCCCCAACCCGCGACCACUGGUGUGUCGAAUGCACCCAACCAGAGCCAGAAUCCGUUCGCCGGCCCGUUCUUCGACCCCAGUGAUCCGGCUCUUUUCAACUUUGAUCUGUCGAGUAUGAAUUUUGAAAACCGAUAUGGUGCGCUGGAGUUCGGUAUGCUUGGACACAUGGCUACUGGGGCUGGCGACUCUCCAGACUCUGGCACCCACAGAGGAUCGAUGGGCCGCAGCGGUUCGACGCAGUUUGCGUCUACGCCUAUUGGAGGAACUACGACGUUCGGCGAGAGCCCGCAGAAUCAGCAGCCAUUCAUGUUCGGGGAUCCGCUAUUGAACGAGUGGCCGAGUGGACAGACCUCGGGCCAACCGCACGUGAAUGUCGGCGUAUAUCCGCAGUCUAGCCAGGGCAACGUGAUACCGGGACAUCUGUCUAAGCCUGAUGCGCCUCACGCUUUCGCAAUUGAAAGUGGACCGAACAACUUCACUAGCCCGGGCGCGGCGACGAGCCCGCAGAUCAACAGCGGCGGAUAUGAAGAUGCGAACGCGUUUAACAAUGUUGUGACGAAGUCUAAUGGACUAUCUGUGAACGGACAGCAACGUCCUCCGACCAUUUCUACACCGAGUUUGAAGCACCAAAGCCUGCAGAUGAACAAACGACGUCACCGCAAUCCAUCGGCAGUCUACGAAAGCGUCAAGGAGCCGUACGCGUAUACCAGUCGCUUCCAUAGCCUAACGGCGUUUAUUCAACGGCGCUUCUCGCCGCAGAAGACACUGCAGAUUGCCAAAGCCCUGGCAUCUAUUCGACCUUCAUUUAUUGCAACAACCAAAACACUAAACCGGGAUGAUCUUAUCUUUAUGGAGAAGUGCUUUCAGCGGACACUCUGGGAGUAUGAGGAUUUCAUCAACGCUUGCGGCACACCGACCAUUGUUUGCCGGCGCACUGGCGAGGUUGCAGCUGUUGGGAAAGAAUUUAGCAUCUUGACGGGAUGGAAGAAAGAGGUAUUACUAGGAAAGGAGCCGAAUUAUAAUGUCAACACAGGUGGUUCAUCGGCCGCAAAUUCCCGAAACAUCACGCCACGUAGCUCCGUUGAAAGCACUGGCCGUCCUCAUCCGGUGUUUCUGGCGGAACUGUUGGACGAUGACAGCGUGGUAGAAUUUUACGAAGACUUUGCGCGAUUAGCAUUCGGGGAUUCGCGCGGCAGCGUGACAACGCGCUGCAAAUUGCUCAAAUACAAAACAAAAGAGGACAUGGAAGCGGCACAGUCCGAUGACAACGGGCAGCGGUGGAACAACCACCUGCGUAAGGGGGGAAUUGCGAACGAGGCCGGGAUGAACCAGUUAGGAUUCAAAGAUGGCAAAGUCGAGUGCGCCUACUGCUGGACAGUCAAGCGCGACGUGUUCGACAUCCCUAUGUUAAUAGUGAUGAACGUGCGUCUUCCUCUUCCCUGA